AUGUGGCCUAGCAAGCAACAUCUAGGUGUUCAGCUUGCUUACGGUCUAUAUGGUAAUGGGAUCGUGGUCCCUGAGGACGGGUCGCUGUCACUGGAGGACCUACCGUCUCUCAAACCACAGAUCCAGUUCCCACGACUACGAGAUCAGGGGCCAAAACUACGUCCUAUAGAGAACUCAGAGUGGCUUCUACCUACAACACUGGCUUCCUUGCUGCCGCAGCUGUCGAGAAGCAUGGCAUGGUUUAGGAAACGGUCUCAUUCGACGAUAUACGCCCCAGAUCUGAUCACUGCCGCCUUGGCAUCUGAACUGACUCCUAUCAUUGAUAACAUUGGACACGAUCCCACCAAGGGUGAUAUAACAGCAUCAUUGGAUCUUGGAAUAGGUGCCUUCGCUGAUCCCAUCGUCGUAGGUGGUCAGCGAUGCUUACCAAAAGUGAAGAAUGGAAUACUCCAUAUCAAAGGAGUUGCUUACGUCUGCGGCGACGAGAACACUGACUUAUUAGUUGCACCGCUUCUCCCGAAGAAGCAUAUCAUCAUUGAUCUAGACACAGAAAAAGAAGAAGAAUCACUAUUUCCUAAUGCCUUGGUUGAGCCCAAAUAUGCAUGCUGUCGAUUUCUUACGACCAUUUCCCAGAUACAACCAUCACCGACAUUCCCAAUAAUUGCGGUUCGCUGCAAAACACAAAUUUAUUUCGCAAAAUUUCUGUGGCUAAACGAUCCGGAUGAGAAGGGAAUAUCGCUUAAGAUUCUCCCGAUCUCUAUCAACUGCGCAGAUGUGGGUGGAGAAGAAUUCUCCCACGUACAAUUUUCACCCUGCAAUAAAAACGAGGUAGCGGUGAUCGAUCAGCGAGGUCACAUCUCGAUAUAUGCAUUAUACUAUGAUCAAGAGUGGACGAUCGAGCUUCUCUCCAACUCAUCAAUAUGUAGUGCCGAAGAAGGUGCUAAAUCCUUGAGCAUAUAUGAUCCAGAGGAACUAUCUGCCUGGAAAAACGUCAUCUGGACGCCAGAUGCUCGUUCCAUUAUUGCUUUUAGUCGAAGAGAGGCAAGACUGUUUUACUUGGAAAAGUCUGAGGCUCUCGAAUCACAUCAGAUUGUUACAGCAAAUCUGUGGGCGCAAAUUUGGGAUGUCAAAGCAUGUGAAGGAUAUGUCUUCCUCCUUACUUCGAUGGAGAUUAUCUUUCUUAAGUUUGAUGAGAAGCAUAUCCUCAAGAGGCUUGUCUCGUGGAAACACUUUUUGGAUAAGGAAAAUUCCACAUUCAGACUAAAAGUAUGCGAAGGCGGACUCCAGGAUCUGUUUAUUUGCUCAGUCUUCUCCAAGGAUAUGCCAAUAGCCAUGAUUUACACCUUUGGAUUCCAUAAUGGAAAAGCUGUACUUCUACGAGAUCCCUAUUGCAUUGAAACCAGAGGCGGUUGUCUAGAUUUUUUCGUAAAUAGACUUCCGUAUAAUGAGAAGUCAGACUCAGUGUUUUAUAUGCUAGAGCUUUCGGAGAAUGCCUGUCGCUUCGCCGUUUUCCAUGGCAAUCGCUCACUCAAACUGAACAAUACACAAUUCAAGAUUUCAUCUAGCGAUCUAGGAAAGGAUGCGACUAGGAGCAAUGUCUUUGAGUUCAUUUCCGAACUGGAAGCUUCCAACGCAUUUCGCUCGUUUUCUGUCUUGUCUCGCAUGACUCAUGAAAAUGACGAGAUAUGGGAUGAUUCUGCUACCGUGAAAGCCAAUAAUCAGAUACAAAUUGUCCAGAACUACGCUUCCAGACUUGGACAUGACAUCAAGAAGCGCUUAAAAAUAAGUGACGAUGACAACUUCGAUGUAUCGUCACAAAAUAUCAUGGAUGACAUGAGCUAUAUACCGAAGUUCAGUCCCCUAUCUUCCAUUGCGGACUGUGUUCCUGUCACUAUAUCAGAUAUGGAAGAGUUCGAUUCGAUGGUUGACCAGCUUGCUGAGUUUUACGACACAUGUUGCAUUGAGCUCAAUAAUGAUAUAAGAGAAUAUUUCGAAGAGCUAAACCUUGCAAACGAACAAGUACAGGCAUUACAAAGUUCAUUGAAACGAGUCUUCCCCCAACAUCCCAACGCCACUCAAGCUGCCAUGAUUUUAGCAUCGAGUUUACUCAAGGUAUCGAACUACGAUAUUGAAAGUAGGCUCCACUAUAUGUACCGUCAAGAAGUGCAAUCUUGUGACGCUGAACUCACUGCAAUGUUCGACGAGUGGGAUAUUCUGACGACUAGAGAACGUCCAAAAUCAGCCCCUCCCACUAUGGACACAAAAAAGAGAGGUUUGUUACAUCGUGCUCUUACACAAAACUCACAGCAAUAUCAUUCAACGCAAGCAUCGCAAGUUUCCCAGGUAUCGCAAACAUCACAAGCAUCGAGCAAUAGCAUUCCGUAUGGCACACGGAGCCAGACAAAUCCGUCACAAGGAGCAUCAUCAUAUCCCGCUCCUCCCCUGGUCACCUCUUCGCAGAGUACAGUUAAGAAGUCUCAACCACUCAAGAGAAUGGGAUCACAAGCUUCAAGCCAGAAGAAAAAGAAAAAAAAGGGUGGCUUUGCAUAA